CAGUCUUUUCGUGGCGCUUAUAGUUGUGAGGUUCACAUCACUGUAGAUUCACACCGCACUUGCUUUCCUUGUAGUUGUUUCUUCUUCAUUUUGAUUUGUUUUGAAGAACGAGUUUUUUUUUUUUUUUUUCCUUCCCGCCUCUGGAAGGCACUAUCCAGAGUCGCUGCGAGGAAUCUGCGUUUCAGUCUUUGUUUCAUAGCGUUUCCGUUGGUUGGUCGCGCAUCUCUGCAGGCUUUAGUUGCGGUCUUUUUCUUAUUCCUAGGACCUCGACCGAAGCCAUGACGGAGCCGCAGUCGGCACUAUUACUAAGGAGACAGCUGGCGGAGCUGAACAAAAAUCCAGUGGAAGGCUUCUCUGCAGGAUUGAUAGAUGAUAAUGACCUUUACCGAUGGGAAGUGCUCAUCAUUGGUCCCCCUGAUACACUCUAUGAAGGAGGGGUGUUCAAGGCACAUCUAACUUUUCCCAAAGACUAUCCUCUUAAGCCUCCAAAGAUGAAAUUUAUUACAGAGAUCUGGCAUCCAAAUGUUGACAAAAAUGGUGAUGUGUGCAUUUCCAUACUUCAUGAGCCUGGAGAAGAUAAGUAUGGUUAUGAAAAACCUGAGGAGCGAUGGUUACCAAUUCACACUGUGGAAACAAUUAUGAUAAGUGUCAUCUCUAUGCUGGCUGAUCCCAAUGGAGAUUCACCUGCUAAUGUGGAUGCAGCAAAAGAAUGGCGGGAAGAUAGGAAUGGUGAAUUCAAAAAGAAAGUAGCUCGUUGUGUAAGAAAAAGCCAAGAGACUGCCUUUGACUGACCUUUAUUCAGCUGCUGGUAGCUACAGAUUUUCAGGGUCUCCAGUUGAGAAACAUGGCACUGUUUUUUUACCUGCACUCUACCCACCUAUUGCUGGACUUGUCCUUUAAUACAGGUUGGCAGACACAUACAGAUUUGCAAGGUGGCUAGUAGCAGAAAGAAAAUGUAGCCACAGCAUUGAAAGUGCCAACUCCCAGAAGAUCAUGCAAUUCUUAUGAAGUCCUGCGAACUGCUUAAUUUCAGGAAAAACUGUAAAGUUGUGUACAUAGCACAAACAUGAACCGAGUAAUAUAUAAACUUCAUCUUCAUUCAGCACUGCACAUAGAACCAAAUAAAUAGUGCUUCUGUAGUUAGAAUAUGAACAGUGUACAUCCUGCCAGAGUUUAGUCAUCCUGCCCAUAUCCUGUAACUUGGUGCAAUUACAGGUUACUCUGAAGAAAGCCAUGUCAAUUGAUAACUGGGUUGCAGACUUCAGUUGACAACAUUUUCUAAUUCUUUAACUGUGAAAAAUGCAUUUUCAGGUUCAUCUUUCUUUGGCUAUCUGAUCUUGGAAGCCACCUUAUUAAAAUCAUGGCGGCUAUGUUUACUCUCCCCUUCCCCACUUGUGGGUGUAACUCUAUAAAAGUCAGGGCCUUGUGGUUUUAACUUUAAUCUUAAACGGGAUGUUUAAUACCCUGGAUGGCAUCUUUUAAAGCACCUCUGCCUCUUUGGGCUGAAUUUGGCUUGCAAGGUAAGUGAUGCUAAAGCCUGUGGAAAUGUUUUUUUUUUUUUUUUUUUUCUACUGUUUUUGCUUUUCUUUUCCUUCAGAAGUGCCUCCUGUUCAAAUGGUUGGUUUUUUCCUCCCCACUUUCAAUAUGAACACAUGAAAGCCCAACAGAUACCUGCUUCAUUUAAAAUUACAGGUGAAUGGGAAAAUGUUUGGUGUAGCAAUAACCAACCUUGCCUCACCCUAGUGCACUAUGGAAUGGUGCCACGUCCAUUUUAAGCUUUCUGUGUGAUUUGAAGGUCUUAGAAGCCAAUACCCACUAAAGAAGAUGUCAUUAAAUUGGCUUGUGUCUGUGUUUUUUAGGUAGGGAUGUGAAGCAUGCUUUCAAUGUAGGUCUACUUGUGGGCAGUUUUCAGGUUUGGUAUUCAAGACUGUGUGUCUGAUUUUAAAAUGCCUUUUGUUUAAUGGCUCUUAAACUACUGCAUUUUUUUUCUUGCAUAAUGUACAAAGACAAAAGACUGUAUAUUUUUCAUGUAAUGGAAAUUGUCUCAUGUAGUGUUCUUCCAAAAUAUAUAUAUUUUCCAGUAGAUAUUUCUGUAAAUUGACAAUUAAUGACAUUUUGGCAAAGGGUGAGAAAGGAGAAUGGGGAGGAGGGUGGAAAUGGGCAGAAACUGGGGCUGAGGACUUGUGGAUGAAUUUUGAGGUAGAGGUAAGGGUUGCAGUUGCAAAUAAGCGUUCAAGAAAGACUUGAAUGUUUUUCAUGGUUAAGGGCUUUUUUUUUUUUUUUUUUUAAUUUAAAAAAGUGUAUUGCUUCUUAUACCUCCUAUAAAUUCAACGCUCAAACUAAAUUGUCCUAGUACCGUUCCAUAAUAUAUAAGUGUUGCAUGUCGCCUUGUGAAUUCAGAAAUGUUUAUUUUGGGGUGGUUUUAGUGUACCUGCUACUUCUACUUGAAUAUUGAUUUACUGAGACUUUAUUUUGAGCUUUUCAUUUGAAUUAAUCAGCAUUAUGUCAUCUUUGAAAGAUGUGACUUGUCCUAACAUCUUUGACAACGCAUCUUCAGUAUCAGUUUUGCUUUUAAACUGUGGCGAUUCUUUUAGAUGCCAUACAAAUUUCACUUAUACUGCAUGACAUACUAGGGUUUGUGUUUAGGGUAUUUCAUUUUGUUUUUUGGGUAUUUCAUCAUUCCAUCAAACUCAUUUAGUGGUUUCAAAUUUACCACAAGUUCAAUUGCUUAUGCUCGAAGGAUGUAAACGUUCAAGGAAUGUGACAGACCUAUAGAUGUAUUGGAAUUAAUCAUAGAAUUAACUAAUAUCUUUGGCAAACUCCUUAGGGACAUGCAACUUUUUAUACAUAUAUGCUAAACUCAAGCCUAACCUCUGCUGUCAUGAGUACACAGUUGCUUUAAAAGAAGAGUAUUCUGAAUCAUCCUUUUCUAGUUAUGAAUAACUUGAAACAACUUUCUCUACUGUCAUCCUGAGAAUGCAAAGUCUGCUAAAUGUAGGAGCUUUGUUGGAUUGGGUGUUGGGGCGGGACAAACCUUUUUAGAUACAUAUGCUUUAUUUCUGCCAGAAUACAACUAAUUCGGCAUUAGUUUAUAUAGUGUUUGACUGCAUAAUUGAGAAGUUUUAUGUAGUCGUAUUUGCAUAAUACUGCAAUUUAAAUUCAACAACAUUUAUUUCUAUAGCACAUUUUCAUACGAACAGUGUAGCUCAAAAUGCUUUACAUGAUGAAGAAGGAGAGACAAAAUAAUUAAAAUUAGGUAACACUAAUUAACAUAGAAUAAAAAGGUAAGGUCCGAUGGCCAGGGAGGACAGAAAAAACAAAAAAAAAAACCCAGACGGCUAGAGAAAAAAAAAAUGAAAUCUGCAGGGGUUCCAGGCGACGAGACCGCCCAGCUCCCUCUAGGCAUUCUACCCAACAUAAAUGACCUCAAUCAGUACUCAUUGUAUUCAGGGUUCACAUGGAAGAAUUUGAUGAUGAUGGUCAUGUGGACUUCUGGCCUUUAAUCCAUCCAUGUAGGGACAUCAUGGUGCUUUGAUUAGGUGGUGGUGGCGGCGCAGAUCGCCACCACAGAAAACCGGGAAAAGAACAGAAGAGAAACUAGGGGUUAGUACGGAUUUUGGAGCCACCAUGAAUAAUAUUAAUUAAUUGAAUAUACAGAGUUUCAGGAUUUAACUAAGAUGAAGCUAUGAGAAAGCUAUGUUAAAGUAAUGUGUUUUUCAACAGUGUUUUAAAGUGCUCCACUGUAUUAGCCUGGCGAAUUCCUAUUGGCAAGCUAUUCCUGAUUUUAGGUGCAUAACCGCAGAAGGCCACCUCACCACUUCUUUUAAGUUUAGCUCUUGGAAUUCUAAGUAGACACUCAUUUGAAGAUCUAAGCUUACGAUUUGGAGUGUAAGACAUUCCAAAAUAUAAGAUGGAGCGAGAUUAUUUAAGGCUUUGUAAACCAUAAGCAGUAUUUUCAGUUCUGAAUGGCACAGAUAACCAAUGUAGUGACAUCAAAACUGGGUUGAUGUGCUCGGAUUUUCUUUUCCGAGUUUAGAUUCUAGCAGCUGCAUUCUGCACUAGUUGCAAUCGAUUGAUGUCUUUUUUUUAGUCCUCCUGAGAGGAGUGUGUUACAGUAAUCUAAGCCAAAUGAAAACAAAAGCGUGAACUAAUUUUUCAGCAUCUUGCAAUGUUAUAAGAGGUCUAACUUUUGCUAUAUUUCUUAAGUGGAAAAAAAUGCUGUCCUAGUGAUCUGAUUAAUAUGCGAGUUGAAUCCAGUCAGAUUCAAGUUACCCCUAAAUUUUUUUUACAUCCGUCUUGACUUUUAAUCCUAAUGUAUCAAGUUUAUUUCUCAUAACCUCAUUAUAUCCAUUAUCGCCAAUUGCUAAAAUUUCUGUUUUUCUCUCUAUUUAGAGAAAAUUUCUACUCAUCCAUUCAGUAACACAAGUGAGACAUUGUAUCAGUGAAUCAAAAGUGUUGGGGUUGUCCGGUGCUAUUGAUAAAUACAACUGUGUGUUAUCAGCAUAGCUGUGGUAGCUCACAUUAUGCCUUGAGAUAAUCUGACCUAAUGGAAGCAUGUAAAUCGAAAAGAGCAGUGGACCCAGGAUAGAGCCUUAUGGAACAUCAUAUAGAAUAUCGUGCGUCUUUGAAGUAGUAUUACCACAACUAACAAAGAAUUUUGUACUUGCCAGGUAGGAUUCAAACCAAUUUAAGACACUACUAGAGAGGCCCACCCAUUGACUAAGGCGAUUUCUAAGAAUGUUCUGAUCAUUGGUAUCAAAUGCAGCACUCAGAUCUAGAAGGAUGAGAACAGAUAAAUGGCCUCUGUCUGCAUUUACCUGCAAGUCAUUUACUACUUUAACGAGUGCAGUUUCUGUACUUUGAUUUUUUUUCUGAAACUUAUCAAGAAUAGCAUGUUUAUUGAGGUGCUCAUUAAGCUGCAUAAUGACUGUCUUCUCUAGAAUUUUACUUAAGACUGACUGUCUUCUCUAGAAUUUUACUUAAGACUGCUGUAAUUAAACCCCUGCUGAAGAAAAAUAAUCUUGACUCCUCUGCUUUGGAAAAUUCUAGACCCAUUUCUAACCUGCCUUUCUUAAGACCGUCUGGGAAGACCCCUGUAUCUUUAGCAAUAAAUUGAUCUGGGUCUCAUUUUAAUUUAUAGUUAUUCCACACUAUCGGCAUCAACUUAGAUUUUUCUUAAUAGUGUAAAGUCAAGAGCUGGAAUUGGAUUGAUUUUACAUGAACAUACUUUAAAGAGAAGAGUAAAUCAUGAGGCUGACAUGGAAAAGGAGUUGCCUCUACUAUGAAGAUUGCUGAUAUUCAUUUGACAAAGUCUUUGUGAUUAUCUCUAAAGCCCUCCCAGUUUGUUUUAAGUACUUAUGUGAAGGCAAACCAGUAUUUAUAGAAUGUUUGGUACAAUGCGUGUGGAUAAGUUAAUUUGUACUUAAAAAAAAAAACAAAAAAAAAAAAAAAAACGGGAGUGGGGUAGGAGCGGUGCAGAAUUCAGACCUGUAUGUACAUCUCAUUUGUCUCCAGUUCCUUCAAGAAGUGCAGAUUAUCUUUAGGCUUAAGGCAAUCAUUUUUGUGUGAUGGUAGGUUGUUUUUGGGAGAGAUACUGAUCCUUGAAAGGUUGCCUUUUACAGGCUGUUUCAGAUGGCCAUUAGUUAACCUAACAUUUAUUUAUGUAAUAAUCAAUGCUUGUGGCUUAAUGGAAUAUUUGGGACAAAUUUAAACACCUUCAUUUCAAAAGCCACAUUAUAUCAGUCUUCAAAGUAGUUUGUUUAACUGACUGACUCCCAACAAACUUUGGCAGUUGGAAACUAACCCAUAUUGCAUCAGGCUAAACUAUUAUGAGAUGGGUACGUAAAUUAAUGGAAGCAACUACAAAACAGUACUAAUGUAGAUGUGAAAUGUACUGAUAUUAUGAGAAGCACCAAAUGAGUACAAAAAGUAUGGUACUGUUUUAAAAUCAUGUGUUUUCAAAAAUACCUUAAAAGUACCCCCAUGGAUACCGUACUACAAGAUGCAGGUCUUCAUUGUGGUGAUGCCUUAAUUGGUUUAAUCUUGGAACAAAUGGUGGGGGGUGGGGGGGGGGGUGAACCUCUAUUUGGACAGUACAAUAAGGUAGGUGCUACUUUGUUAGUUCUAAAAAUGAUUUGGACAAAUAGAGCAAGUUGAUUGUGUUGCCAAUUACUUUUUAAACUAGAUUAACAUGUACCUUGCUGCUAAGAAUUGGUGAGGUCCUGAUUGAAUUAUAGCACUUGAAUGAUCAGUCAAUACAUAGAAAUAAUUAAAGGUUAAGACAGUGA